AUGGCCGAGGAUUGUUUCCAUGAUGUUCGGCUGCAUUUCUAUUUGGGAAACUACCAGCAAUGUAUCAACGACGCUCAACGCCUCUCGGUGAAGAGUGAAGGGGGGAAAAGAAUUCGUGAUUAUUGGAUUUAUCGAUCAAUGGCCGCACAAAAGAAAUACAACGUAAUCUUAGCUAACUUUGAAGGUCAAGCUGCACAUGGUCUAAUUCAACCUUUGCUUCGUCUCGCUGAAUUUCAUGCUGGGAAAAGGACUGCCGAAGAAAUCUAUCAUGAGUACGUUAGUACGAAAAAUAAAUGGUCGGAAAAGGAAAAGGCCAUAUAUGCUACAAUAAUGCUUGAUGCUGAGAGACCAGAAGAGGCACUUCGUAUCACGUACGAAGACAAAAAUAUCGAGCUUAUUGCACUUUCGGUACAUGCCUAUAUUUUAAUGAAUCGCUUUGACAAGGCUGAAGCUCUUCUAAAAGAUGUCUUGCAAGACUACGAAUUUCAUCCGCUUUUUCAACAGGCAAAGGGCUGGCUUGCACUGGCAAUUGGACAGGAUACUGCUGCUUAUUCGGACAAAGAAACAGGGGCAUUAAAACUUUACUCUGAUUUGGUCCAACGUUAUGGAAACUCUGUUUCACUUCUGAUCGGCAAGGCGGCUUCACUUAUUUCGAUGGGACAAACUGAAGAAGCUGAAACUGUGCUUCAGACAGCGCUUUCUAUGGAUCCUCAAUCAGUCGAAGCUAAUGCUCUGCUUACUGUUUCGGCAUCUCAAUCAAGACUUCCAACGCAAAAUAACUCUACGCGCCAUCUCUUGAAGCAACUUCAAGUGCAAGCGCCCGAGCACCAAUUUGUCAUAGACUACAAGAAUGCCCACGAUCAAAUUGAUAAACUGCAAAUGGAGCCUAAUGAAGCUGAAUCGACUUGC